AUGGACCCCACUGCCAAGGGGGUUCGCUGGCCCAGCAAGGUGCAGAGCCUGCCGCCAUCAAAAAUAGGAAUGAAUGCAGAAGGUAGUGCACAAAAUGUCUCCGGGAUUAAAGCUCCCGAAGGGAAGAGAACUCGUUUUCACGUGUCGCUGGUUGGUUUAACUCAAAAAUUUGUGGAUCUCAUCACAUCCACUCCUGGGGGCGUUCUUGACUUAAACAAGGCUGCAGCGAAACUGGGAGUACCGAAACGAAGGCUCUAUGACAUUACCAGUGUCUUAAAUGGAAUUGACUUCGUGGAAAAGAAAUCCAAGAACCAUGUUCAAUGGAUAGGGUCUGACCUUAACAAUUCUGAAGCCUCAGCCCAACGAAAGAAGCUGCAAGAGGAACUGUCAGACUUGUCAGCAAUGGAAGAUGCUUUGGAUGAGUUGAUUAAGGAUUGCUCUCAACAGCUGUAUGAAUUAACGGAUGACAAAACAAAUGAAAGCUUGGCAUAUGUGACGUGUCAAGAUGUCCAUAGCAUCCAAGACUUUCGUGAACAGAUUGUUAUUGCCAUUAAAGCUCCAGAAGAAACCACAUUGGAUGUUGCGGCACCCAGAGAAGACUGUCUCGAGGUACACGUACGGAGCACCAAAGGACCCAUCGAUGUGUAUUUGUGCGAAAUGGAGCAGAACCAUUCAAAUGAGGAAACGUCCGAUGGAGUAGGGACAUCUUCAUCUGAAAGCAAACAUCCGGACUGCCCUGAGAAAGGAGAAAAUUCUCCUCAGCAAAGUGAAGAUUCGCCUGAAGAAAACAACAUUUGA